CAAUUGGUGUCCCCUGUCCGCUUCUCCUACUUGUUCCCCUCUACCAUUUCGCUCUCUCUCUCUCUCUCUCUCUCUCUCUCUCUCUCUCUUCCCCCCCUCUCCUUCUCACUUUUUCUGAAUUUCUCUCUCCUAGGGUUUCACGCCCUCUCUGGUCGGCGGCCGCUCGAUCCUUCUCUGCACCCAUCGAUCGCCUCUCCGCGAUUUAUUUCUCGCGCAGAUCGUCGGCGAAUCGGCGAAAGAGGCACCGUAAUCUUCCGCUUCUCGCAUCGAUUUCGCCCAGAUUCGCCGAAUUCAACCGCCUCCUCUCAGAAGGGGCGAACAGAGCCACAAGAUGGCGAUGGAAGUCACUCCGAUUCUCUUGAAUGCACAGUCGGUGGAUGCUACGACCCGGAAGCAUGCAGAAGAAACUCUUAAGCAGUUUCAGGAACAAAAUCUUCCAGCUUUCCUGCUUUCUCUCUCUGGCGAGUUAUCAAACAAUGAAAAGCCUGUGGAUAGCCGCAGGCUAGCAGGCUUGAUUCUGAAGAAUGCCUUGGAUGCAAAGGAGCUGCACAGAAAGAACGAACUCGUGCAAAGAUGGUUAUCGUUGGAUGCGGGUGUGAAAGCUCAGAUUAAAGCAUGCCUUUUGCAGACUCUUUCUUCUCCCGCUCCUGAUGCCAGGUCUACUGCAUCCCAGGUCAUUGCCAAGAUUGCAGGUAUUGAGUUGCCUCAGAAGCAGUGGCCUGAACUUAUAGGCACAUUGCUUUCUAAUAUACACCAACUCCAGCCUCAUGUCAAGCAAGCAACACUUGAAACACUUGGUUAUCUGUGUGAGGAAGUUUCUCCACAGGUCGUUGACCAAGACCAAGUGAAUAAAAUACUCACUGCUGUUGUUCAGGGCAUGAAUGCUUCUGAGGCAAGCGCUGAUGUCAGGCUCGCUGCUACACGAGCAUUAUAUAAUGCGUUGGGAUUUGCACAAGCGAACUUUUCGAAUGACAUGGAGAGAGACUAUAUAAUGAGAGUUGUUUGUGAGGCAACUCUCUCGCCUGAGGUGAAGAUACGGCAGGCGGCGUUUGAAUGUUUGGUGGCCAUCUCAUCCACCUACUACGAGAAGCUCGCAUCGUACAUGCAGGACAUAUUCAAUAUAACAGCAAAAGCUGUGCGGGAAGAUGAGGAGCCGGUUGCCCUUCAGGCUAUAGAGUUCUGGAGUUCGAUAUGCGAAGAGGAAAUUGACAUUUUAGAUGAAUAUGGCGGUGAUUUUACUGCUGAUUCUGAUACUCCCUGUUUUUAUUUCAUCAAGCAGGCUCUGCCUGCUUUAGUUCCGAUGCUAUUGGAGACUCUCCUCAAACAGGAGGAGGAUCAGGAUCAGGAUGAAGGUGCUUGGAAUCUUGCCAUGGCUGGGGGCACAUGUUUGGGUUUGGUUGCUCGGACUGUUGGGGAUGACAUCGUUCCUCUUGUGAUGCCUUUUAUUGAAGAGAAUAUAACUAAGCCAGAUUGGAGGCAGAGAGAGGCGGCAACAUAUGCGUUUGGUUCUAUUCUGGAGGGUCCGUCACCUGACAAGCUCACGCCUAUUGUCAAUGUGGCCCUCAACUUCAUGCUCACUGCCUUAAUGAAGGACCCGAGUAACCAUGUGAAAGAUACUACUGCAUGGACUCUUGGGAGAAUUUUUGAGUUCCUUCAUGGCUCGACUGUGGAAGUGCCUAUAAUAACACCAGAGAAUUGCCCUCAGAUCCUCACUGUGUUGCUUCAGAGCAUGAAGGAUGUCCCCAAUGUAGCUGAAAAGGCAUGCGGUGCUCUCUACUUUCUUGCUCAAGGUUAUGAGGAUGCUGGGUCGACAUCACCACUAUCCUCUUUCUUUCAAGACAUAAUUCAGGCCCUUCUUACUGUUACUCACAGGGAAGAUGCUGGAGAAUCUCGCCUAAGGACUGCAGCCUAUGAGACUCUGAAUGAGGUGGUUAGGAGUUCUACCGAUGAGACAGCUCCUGUUGUAAUGCAGUUGGUGCCGGUCCUCAUGAUGGAGCUCCAUCAAACCCUAGAAGCACAGAAGCUGUCAUCUGAUGAGAGAGAGAAGCAGAAUGAGCUGCAGGGCCUUCUUUGUGGUUGCUUACAAGUCAUCAUUCAGAAGCUGGGUGCUUCAGAAACCACAAAGUAUGCUUUCAUGCAAUAUGCGGACCAGAUCAUGGAUCUCUUUUUGAGGGUCUUUGCCUGCCGAAAUGCAACUGUGCAUGAAGAGGCGAUGCUUGCUAUUGGUGCUCUGGCCUAUGCAGCUGGGCCCAAUUUCGUGAAAUACAUGCCAGGGUUCUAUCAGUAUUUGGAAAUGGGUCUUCAGAACUUUGAAGAGUAUCAGGUCUGUGCCAUUACUGUUGGUGUGGUCGGCGAUUUGUGCAGGGCUUUGGAAGACAAAAUUUUGCCCUUCUGUGAUGGAAUAAUGACACAACUCCUCAAGGAUCUCUCCAGCAACCAGUUACACAGAUCCGUAAAACCGCCAAUAUUUUCAUGCUUUGGUGACAUCGCACUUGCAAUUGGGGAGAAUUUUGAGAAGUAUUUGAUCUAUGCCAUGCCUAUGCUACAAAGUGCCGCAGAGCUGUCUGCACGUGCUGCAACAGCUGAUGAUGAAAUGCUUGAAUACACCAACCAGCUAAGGAAUGGAAUAUUGGAAGCGUACUCUGGUAUAUUACAAGGUUUCAAGAACUCCCCGAAGACCCAGCUACUGAUGCCUUAUGCAGCUCACAUCCUUCAGUUCCUUGACACUCUCUACAAUGAAAAGGACAUGGACGAUGUGGUGAUGAAGACUGCAAUUGGUGUCCUGGGAGAUUUGGCUGAUACAUUGGGUAGUCAUGUUGGUCCUCUUAUUAAUCAGUCUGUUUCGAGCAAAGACUUCCUUGAAGAGUGCUUAUUGUCGGACGAUCAUUUGAUCAAAGAGUCUGCUGAUUGGGCUAAGUUAGCCAUUAGCCGUGCAGUGUCUGGUUGAUUGACGGUGAUGGUUUCUGAUCUCUUUGGAGUCUGCAUAUGCAUUUGAGUCGUCGAGUCCAGUCGGGAAUUGCAUACAUAUGUCGGGUCCUCGCCAGUUCCAGACAAAGUUUUUGUUUGGGCAGAGUCGAGAGUUGUUGCUAACUCAUGUAUCUGCAUCCUGCAGUCUGGUUCCUUUGUGCUAUUUCCAUGAAGAAGUGGGAUAGCGAUGGCCCACCUCUGCUGACUUUGUUGGAAAGGUCUUGAAGGCCUUUUCUACACGAAAAGGCCGGAGGGCUCUGCUCUUUUGUGGCUGCACGACUUAAGGUCUCCCUUUUAUGACUCACUAAAUGCAUUUGAUUGGGGAUCUUCAGAUUACUUUCGCAGGCGAGAUCAAAUUAGCUGUCCCAAAUGGAUGGCACCUAAAAGCGAAGCAGGACUCGUCUGCCAUUCCAAACUAAAUCAUUUUUAGUGUUCAUGCUUUCCAAUAUUUGUUGGAAAAUGUCUUAUUUCCUUGCCCUUGCACUCUCUUGUUUUAUUUUAUCGUUUCAAUUUCUUUUUGGGGGGAUUUUGUCUUGUCUUUGCACUUUCCCAGGUGGUCUUUAUGCAUUUCCUUGUCCCUUUUUUCUGUACACUUCAUAGAAUUUAUGGUCUGUAUUUUUGUCUAUGCAUCAGCCUUGUGUAAUCAGGUUCUAUGUUUUGCUUCAUCAUUUGUCAUCUAUCUGGUGUCUUCAGCAUUCAUAUGCAACACAAGUGCAUAUAUUAUGUUUGUCCUUUCUUUAGAGUUCUAUCUUCCGUCACAUGGAUUUAUCUAGUCCUGAACCUGAGCGACGCUCCUUGUGUAGCAUAGUUUUGUUGUUGAGUUGAGCUCAAGUUUCUGCGAGGUUUUCAAGUAUCAUUGAAUAUUCCAGUUUACAGGUAAUGUACCUUUGUUCCGAACAUUUAUGAGUUGCAUUUUGAAUGAUAUGAGCUUUUAUUCAUUUUCA